AUCCUAAAUUAAAAUUUGAGUUUGUGCUAGAAUAAGUAGAAUAUGACGAAAAUAAAUAAAAUUGUGCAAUAGAUAUUAGCUGUUAUGAAACUUAAUGCAAAUGUUUUACCGUCUUAGAAUGAUUUAUCAGAAAAUUAUGGGAGACUCCAAACCAAAAGAAGAACCUAUUUAUUAUCAAUUUGCUUGUUCAUCAUGCAACUUAGCUGAGACAGCUGACUAUAAAGGAACAAGUCCACCAUUCUCACGGAACAUAGACCUCAAGUACCCAAGCUAUGUAAUGAAGGACCCGUUCAGCCCUCCCGGCAAGGGUGAGAUAUUGGUUUUGGGAGCAGACUGUGUGAAGUGUAACAAGCCCGUGUGCAUCAGCAAGGAUUGCAGCAUGUUCUACUUGAAGAUGUACUGCCUGGAGUGUGCACAGAACUCGGCUGAGGAAUUUCCUGUAGAAAUAAAAAGUAAAAUUGCACAAAUAAAAAGAAAAUAACAUAAA